UUCAGUUCAGUUCAUUAGUCAGCCAUUUUGGUCAACACCCUGCUUACUGCGCACAACCAAUCCUGUUAGAACUCAGCAUCCUGGCUCAUCUGAGCAGAUCCUGAAAGUGAUUUCUGCAGUUUGGGAUUUUUUUAAAGCUAAAUUGAAAAUAUAGGCUUAUUUUUCAUUCAUUUUUUUUGUUUAUGUAUUUUUUAUUUUCCUUGCACAAAGAAAGGAUUUCUUCUUUUUCAUGCUAAGGCCAGUUUUUUAAAAAGCCAGCUAAGGCAGCAUUGGCUGCACAAGAUUUGAAGCCUAUUGCUCAACUGGAGAAGAGGGUAGAGAAGAAAAGAUAAAAGGAGAGGACGCUGGAGAAGACAAGCAUCAUUUUAUUUUGCUAUGUGGUAGGAACUGUCAAUAAGAAAAGAUAGGGUAGAAUUGUUUAUCUUGAGCAGUUGGUUUCCUUGAUUUUUUUGUUUAUUUGUUUUUGGGUUUUUUUUGUUUUUAACCUCCCCCACCCCUUUUCCUGAAAGCUUUGUUUCAGAGCUUCAGAUUUGGGGAUUUUUGGUGAGGAGGUUUUAUUAUAUUUCCAGUGUGUGAGAGAGAGUAGGAGAGAGUGUGUUUGUGUGUGUGUGUUUGUGUGUGUGUGUGUUGUGGUCCCAGCUGAGUCAUCAUGUCUGCUCUGACUCCUCCGACCGAUAUGCCAACCCCCACCACUGACAAGAUCACACAGGCUGCCAUGGAGACCAUCUACCUUUGCAAAUUCCGAGUGUCUAUGGAUGGAGAAUGGCUCUGCCUGCGAGAGCUGGAUGACAUCUCACUUACACCUGACCCAGAGCCUACCCACGAAGACUCUUGGGAGGAUUUGACAGAUUUGGUGGAGCAAAUGCGCGAUGAUACAGAAGAUCCAAAUUAUCUCAUGGCUAAUGAACGUAUGAACCUGAUGAACAUGGCCAAGCUGAGUAUCAAGGGCUUGAUUGAAUCAGCUCUGAACCUGGGGAGGACUCUAGACUCUGAUUAUGCACCCUUGCAGCAGUUCUUCGUGGUGAUGGAACACUGUCUGAAACAUGGCUUAAAAGCCAAGAAGACUUUCCUUGGGCAAAAUAAAUCCUUCUGGGGACCUCUAGAACUGGUAGAAAAACUUGUUCCAGAAGCUGCAGAAAUAACAGCAAGUGUCAAAGAUCUUCCAGGACUCAAGACACCAGUAGGCAGAGGAAGAGCCUGGCUUCGUUUGGCAUUAAUGCAAAAGAAACUUUCAGAAUAUAUGAAAGCCUUGAUCAAUAAGAAGGAACUUCUCAGUGAAUUCUAUGAACCCAAUGCCCUCAUGAUGGAAGAGGAAGGAGCUAUAAUUGCUGGUCUUUUGGUGGGUCUGAAUGUCAUUGAUGCCAAUUUUUGUAUGAAAGGAGAAGAUUUGGACUCUCAGGUUGGAGUUAUAGAUUUUUCAAUGUAUCUCAAGGAUGGGAACAGCAGUAAAGGUAGUGAAGGGGAUGGUCAGAUUACUGCAAUUCUGGACCAGAAGAACUAUGUAGAAGAACUCAACAGACAUCUGAAUGCUACUGUAAACAACCUACAGGCAAAAGUAGAUGCAUUAGAAAAAUCAAACACUAAACUCACAGAGGAGCUUGCAGUUGCAAAUAACAGAAUUAUUACCUUGCAAGAAGAAAUGGAACGAGUUAAAGAAGAGAGCUCCUAUAUAUUGGAAUCCAAUCGAAAGGGUCCUAAGCAAGACAGAACUGCAGAAGGGCAAGCACUAAGUGAAGCAAGAAAGCAUUUAAAGGAGGAGACACAAUUACGAUUGGAUGUUGAAAAAGAGUUGGAGAUCCAGAUCAGCAUGAGACAGGAGAUGGAAUUGGCUAUGAAGAUGCUGGAGAAGGAUGUCUGUGAGAAGCAGGAUGCCCUGGUGUCUCUGCGGCAGCAGCUGGAUGAUCUCCGAGCUCUCAAGCAUGAACUUGCUUUUAAGCUGCAGAGUUCAGACUUAGGAGUAAAACAGAAAAGUGAACUCAACAGUCGCUUGGAAGAGAAGACUAAUCAGAUGGCUGCUACCAUUAAACAACUGGAACAAAGUGAAAAAGAUUUGGUGAAACAGGCAAAGACCUUAAAUAGUGCAGCAAAUAAACUGAUCCCAAAACAUCAUUAGGCGUUUCGCAGUUGGUCACCUCACAAUAUCACAAGUUAGUUGUAAAAGGAAGAAAUCUGAAAGUUAUUAUGUUUAAACUCUGAUUCCAUAUAAAAUGUAACCAAAAGUUGACUUUGUAUUUGUUGGACUUUUAAAAAUAACAAUUAUAUAUAUAGGUUGGGGUUUUUUUCUUAUUUUCUCCCCUGAGUUAGAAAAUUUGGUGCAAGUUUCUAAUUAAAUGCCAAAUAAAUUGAGAAAUUACUUCUGAGUUGACCAAUAAAUAAAAAUACCAUUUAAAAAGAAAAGCCCAGAGAAUUGAGGCUCUGUAUAUAUAUUAAUGAUGCCUUUACAACCUAUUCCUUGCUAAUAUCAGAUUCUAGGUGCAUCGUUAAUGUCUGCAUUCAGCAAGCCUGUUCUGUCAUUGCAAUGUAAUGAACUAGAGGUGACUACCAUGUAAACUUGGAUUCUUCUAAAGUAGUUCUGUGUCUCUUAGGCCAUGACCCCUUUUCAAUUUUGUUAUGUAGGUUUGAUCCCCAAACUAAGGAUAAGUACUUAGUAUUUCAUUACAGUUCUAUUCUCAGUAACCAAGAUUGCUUGCAACUUUUUUGCCUUAGUGACUUUGAACAAAAAGAAAAUACAGCAUCCUUAUAUUUCUUUAAAGUACAUAGAGAUAAAUUUAGUAAUUAGGUAACUUAUAAUAACAUCAUAUUGUGGAAGCUUGAGAAAACCCUCCUAAUAUUUGUCAUCUUCUACCUCUGCCACUUUUUUCUGCAAUUCCACUUUAGCUCAGAGAGAAAAAUUUUAAUAAAAACGCUCUUCUCCUAUAAACAAAAUGCACUAUACAUUUUUCAGAUCUAUUCUGCUUUUCCUACUGGAGUAAAGAGGAUAAGGCAUAUACAUGAGUAAUGAUUUCCUGCCUGUUAUUCCUUAGUUUCUGUUAUUAAGAAUUUCUGUUAUUUUUUGUUUAGAUGGGUUUGCUAAUGGUUCUGGGAAACUAACAACUUAGUUAUUAGAAAAACAUUUCAGAUUAAGAAAUAAAUGAUAAAGGUACAUCUUUAUUAUUAUUUAGUAUAAAAAUAAAAGUUCCCAGUAGAUAUCCACAAGCAAUAUUAGCAGGACUUCUUUUUCUAAGUGACCACCAAUCUAACCCUUUCUAGGCUUUACCUUGUAAAUAAUCGUAUAAAUACUUUGAUUUUUUUUUUAAAAAAAGCGACUUUUGAUGUGGGAAUACAGGCUUUUAUAAUAAGCCUUCAUGCUGUCAAAAGGUCUUGUCAAAAUGUUUGCGAUUUUUUUGUUUUUUUUUUUGUUUUGUUUUUUCUCAUUUUGGUAUGUUUUGCAGCAUUUCAGCUGCUAAGGUAGGGACAGAGAUAACCAUUUGCUUCCAGCUCUUGAAAUUCUUUACCUUCUUCUUGGCAAAACCAGAAUUAAGAGAGUAAGGUAGAUAUCAUGUAUGUUUUAAAAGCCUUGCACAAAUUUGAACCAAAAUCAAGUUGAAGAACAUACGCCAGAACCAACCAUAUGAAAGAUCCUGUGUUCUUGAGCUUAUAUUAGUUCUUAUCAUUUUGCACCUAUAUAAAUAAAGUGCUUACUACAUUCUUAUCCACAUCAACCUUUUGUGGUGAUGAGUUGCCUUUUCUAUGGGCAUUUGAAAGGAAGACUCAAACAUGAAAAUAAAACCUUUUAAAUUACACAUAGCAUGCUUCUAAACUCUAUUAUAUCAAGCUCCAAGUGUUUCACCUUCUAAAACAUGAUUCUUAUAGGUGCAAAAUUAUAAGUUUAGAAGAAAGCAUCCAUCAGAAUCUUCCAGAGAAUGUGGCAAAGAGUCUUAUAAGGCCCAGUGCUGAAUUUUUUAUUCACUUAGUCACACAUGACUUGGUAGGAAUUAAAAGGAAAGAGACAGCCAAACUUGUAAAAGACUUUUCCUUGUAUAAUAACCUGAAGCCUGGGUAAAGGUUGAAGUAUAAUAUCCUAUGAUUUAAUAUAUGUAGUUUGAGGAAAGGACCAGAAAAAUGAUAAAAUCUCACUUAUAAGGUAAUUACCCAAUUACAAGUUCCAGUUAUGUAUGUAAAAUAAACAAGAAGUACCAAAUCAAGUAGGAAAUAAAAAUAAAUGAAAAGAGUGGAUAAAACUCAAAUUACUGUGUACUUGAGGUUGGCUUUGGAUAUGGAUUUUUUAAAAAGUGAUGUUUUAUUGUUGAUCAUCUAAUGACUGUAAACUGUAGUGCUAGAAUAAAAAAAAAGUGGAAAAUCA